GCCAUUUGGCUAUUGUUCACAUACCCAUAAAAUUACACUUUUGAUUGCAAUUACACUUUUGGUGCAAUCUUGGAUCUUGCUGUUCAGUUAUGGCUAAAUAAGUAUUUUGUAACAAUUGGCCAAAUGUUAUGUUUAAUAUGUGGCUCACGCCAUUUGGCUAUUGUUCACAUAUCCAUAAAAUUACACUUUUGAUUCAUAGUUAUGACAUGUUUUACAUAUGAAACUGAGGUGACAAAAACGCUUCACAGUCUUCCGACCUUUGGUCCGCUUUUUAUUCUUCAUAAAGGUCUCCGACUGUAUCUCCCUGUCAAAUCUUCCAUUCUCUGCAUGCGUAAUAUGCAUGUCUACGCGACAGGGCUUCAAAGCCCUUUAUAAAGCCCCGCUUGGGUCACCCCCAGACAGUCACAGCUGUUGCAAACAGGGAGAGAGAAACCUAAUUGCUUCAGAAAGCAUUCCAUAUAUACUUUGUCAUUGUUGCGGUGCUUUUCUUUCUUUGGGGUGCUAUGUGGAAACUUGUGGUACUGGUAGUGUGUCUUCUGUCAAAGGAAGUUGAGACAAUGGAGGACCCAGUAUAUGGUGUCAAGCUCUGCGGUCGCGAGUUCAUCCGAGCGGUUAUUUUCACCUGUGGUGGAUCACGAUGGAGACGGUCACUCAGGGCUUCAGAAGACUUUUUAAGCUCCCAUCAAGAACAGUCCUCUGAGGAAUUGAGCCAAAGUUCAAUGAUGGACAACAUACUCCACAGAAACAGGGAUCUGGAUUUCAUAUCAAGAGAAAACCACGACACAGUCUUCAGCCGGCCAACGCGUUCUUUUAUCACCGAAGAGAUUCUAGAAGCCCUGCGGAAAGCGGACCGCAAGGGGCGGGAUGUGGUGGUGGGUCUUUCCAAUGCCUGCUGCAAGUGGGGCUGCAGCAAAAGCGAGAUCAGCUCCCUCUGUUGAAAACUGUAGGUUAUUAUUAAACAUAAAUAUAUGCACUUAACUUUUACUUAUGAGCUUUUGGUCCUUUUAUACCAUGCCAAAGCAUUUUUAUUUGAUAUAAACUUUGAAGUGUACCAAAAUGAUGUCAGAUUUUGUGUUUAACAUAAUG